AUGCUCAAGAAUGAGAUGGCCGCGAAGAUGGAGGCGGUGGAGUGGCAUACCCGGGAUUUGCCAGCUUAUGAGGAGGAAGAUUUUGAGCGGGUGUGGGAGGCGCUUGUCAGCAACCCAUUGGGCGAUGGACCCGAGAAGAAGGUUGUCCCUGCAAUAGGAAGCCGGAUGCGAGAGCUUGAGAUCGUUCAGGGCCUGUAUCAGCGCUUGCUCACAGCUUCGGGAGCCGAGAAAUCGAAAUCAGAACAAGCACCUCACUCCCGCCUCGACUUGUUCACAGAUUAUUUCCCACUUGUGGGAUCUAUCCCCCUCUCCCAAGCAGAAGAAUCAAACAUUCUCCGGCGGAGCGCGUCUGCAAUACAACAAGAACUUUCUCAGUCUUCGACCGCCCAGAAGUCUGAGCCUGCACAACCAACAUCGGGAGAAACGAGCAAAGAACGAUGGCGUACAUUGCUCUUCCUCGCUGCAGGCUCAGUACCUCGACAACGCACUCCGGAUAUACGCAAUGAACUCCGUGCAUCAUACCCGAUCGCACUGCACCGGAUCCGCACGCUCGUUGCUAAUGCUCAUGGAUCGGAGAACUCGGAAAUGCCCUGGGAUGCUAGUCCACCGGGAGUACGAUUGCCAGUUGCAAGCAGAGAAGAAUGGAGUGUUUUACUGGCAGCAGCCGCGUGUUUCCGAGAUCGGGCGAGUGUGAAGGAAGUGUUCUACUUGAUGCGGUUUUCGGGAUUCCCGAUUACGGACGCGCUAAGGAGGGAGGUGCUGGAGGCAUUCGCCCGACAAGGAUGGGUUGAAGAUGUUCAGGACCUGACGAGCUACAUGAACCGAACUCUCCCAGACGCCGCCCAGAUUCCACAAGACUAUAUUGUCAAAGCCCUCUCCUAUUCUGGUCAACUGGCACGAGCGAUUACCCACCUCCAUGCGCUGGAAAACAGCAACACCCCCGCCUCUCAAUCCACGUACGCGUGUAUCCUUUCCUCCCUCCUUUCCCGCCGCGGAAUUGGGGCAGCCCGCGAUCUCACGCUCGCGUGGGAACUGUUCGCUCACAUGCGGUUCGUCGCCCACCCCGUUCCUAGUCGGGAGAUCUACACUCUCAUGCUCCGUGCGUGUGGAGCGGGCGUGCGUCCCCAGCCGGAGAGAGCGCAGGACUUGUGGACAGAGAUGACACAAGAUUCUGCGCAUUCUCCGACGACGGAAGCGUAUAACGCGCUCAUUUACGUCUUGGCGAGGAGUAAAAGCACUGCGCUGGAAGCCUUUCGGCUUCUUGGGGAGCUCAUCCAGCUUUCGCGCGAUACGCUUCCUUCCCCUACCGGCCCUGUGCUUAGACCAGACAUGAACACCUACCUCGCAUUGCUCGAGAGUGCCAAGCGAUUGGGAGACCUCCCGCGUGCGAGGUGGAUACUGGCGGAGAUGCUGAGAGAUGCUCAGCGCGGGGGGGUUAAGCCGGAUGAGAGGACUAUGGUGGGGGUCUUCCAGGCUUAUGCGGCAUAUGAAGUGCCGUUUGUGAGGGCGAAAGUCAAGGUUGUCGAUGGUACCCAGGCUGCUCAGAAGGAGGAGAACAUCGAGGCACAGAAGGAGGCUGUUGAAAAGGAAAAUGAGCCACUACCGAGCGCACCCGUUCAAGUCGACACACUUACCUUCACCCCCGUCGUUCCUCAAAGUCAUGCUGAAGUCAUACGAGAAGUUGAGGCGCUCAUGACCCGCAUCCUGGAAGAAUCUGCUCCCCAAGAUCCCUCCCUUCCCUCCCCCACAGAGACCCCGCUCUUUGCAGAGGUCGUCCUCACACCGCGUCUGUGGAACUCGUUCCAAUCUGUACACUGGGCACACUCGAGCCUCGAUACUGCUAUGGCACGGUAUCACGAGCAGGCAACAAACCGGUUCGAGCCGAACGCGUGGACGUACCUCUAUGCGCUUGAGAGGUGUGCAUAUCCGAGGAAGGAAGAGAGGUCCAAGGCGCUCGACUUUGCUCGUUUGGUAUGGGUGGACUGGCUCACCUGGUUGGCGAAGAAUGGACGUGGCCUCCUGGCGUGGGAUCUGUCCAAAGAGCUGGGCACGCUCUCAGGAGCGAAGGGGGAUAUGCCUCCCCCCGCGGCGCUGACCGGAAGUGCUGCUGCUCGUGUGGCUGAACGCUGCUGGGCAGCGAUGAUCCGUGUCACGGCGCUCACUGACCAGCUGGACGAGUCUCUCUCCCUCGUCCGGGUGUUCAUGAAACGGUUCCCUCCUGUCUCUCUCCAUGCACGUCCCCAAACACCAGGAGAAGCUCUCGCAUUUCGUCCUGCACUCCGGUCCUCGCAGGCUGAACGUUCACUCUCAGAGUCGGACGAUGCUGUGCCACCCGUGCUCCUAUUUAGGGAUGUGGAGCUGCUCCAUCACCGAUUGGUUGCGCGCGGGAGGUUUGAGGAUGUGGGGUUCCUGAGGUGGGCGUGUAAGGCUUAUGUCGGCGGGUUAAGGGAGAGGAGAAUGAAGGCGAGCGAAGAAGAGAAGCUGAUGCUCCGUGAGCCAGCGGGUCCAGAGCCAGAGGAAGAGGAGGAAGUGGAAAGUAUCGGGGAGCCUGCAGCGUGGCAUUCCGAUGAAAUCCAGAAGAACCUGGGUAUGGGGCAAGAUAUGACGUGGGAGCAGCCUGCAGCGAUGGGGUCGAAGAGCAUUCCUCCGCACUUGAUCGAACGUCAACCGCACCAGUGGGCAAGCGGGACACCACAGGCAUCCCCUUGGUUUCCGAGCAGUCGUAUGCAGGCUCGCGGUUAG